AUGUUCUUCACUCGUCUGGUCUGCGCUCUGGUGACCGCCGCCGCUGUUCCGAUUCAGGUGGUCAGAAUCGAACUGUCACACGGUCGUCCGCGUUGGACUCCAGCACCCGUUUCCAUCUACACAGCUACAAUUCACGACAAGCUAGCAUGGCAAGGCUUCACUCAGUUGACGAUUCUGAUCGAGUUUGUGGGGAUUGAUACACUCGUCUUGUUGAUGAACUCCACCACACCAGGGCAAGAAAUUGGGAUAUGCCCUGCCAAACGACGGAAGGUGUGCAAUAUCCGUUGGACAGCACGAUUAGUCACGCGACCUGCCCUGCUUCCUUCUCUCCUUGAAGUCGGUAGCAAAGGCAAGAUGCUCUACGCCGACGGCAUGAUGCAAUAUCGACACUUCUUGCCCUACCCAGAAUCACCCCAGGAGAGACAGCGAGGUAUGAUGAGUGAAUCUCAAUUCUACCUUACAAACACAGCCAACGCCUCUUUCUCGACCCCGAAUCCAGGUUGGACCCCUUAUUUGUGCCUCCAUGUACACAGAGAACAAGACAACAUCCUACAGCAUCAAGACAAACUCGUCGAGCUAACGGACGCUGCUCCGGAUACAAGGGAGAGCUUCAUGUACAUGGACGAGGUACUCCAGACUCCGUACAAGAGAGCCAAUUUCAAGCAUAUCGUGUUAUCAGCAACCCACAAACCCCAGUGA